ACUGUUUUGAUUUUAAAAUAAUGCACAUUUAAAAAUCAAUAAAAAUGAUUAAAAGACAUAUUAAUUUAGUGUAUAUUCUAGUGGUAUUUAUUAGUUUUAAUGUAGUGGUGUAUUCACAAGACAAUUUUAUUAAUACACCGAAUUUUAUUGAGCCCGCGUCAUUUUUACCGCACACAAAUGAUUUAAAUUUAACGCAUGUGAGUGAUUCUAGCCCAGAAGUUAUUGAAGCGGAAACAGUAUUUCCAAUUACAUCGAAUGCAACGCUUUUACCAAAAGAUGCAGCAUUGGGUAAAUUAUAUUAUGCUGGGCCAGAUAAUUUAGCAGAUUUAGAAGAUGGUUAUGGCUAUGAUAAUAAUGAUUAUAAUGCGGGCUAUGAUCCAUUACAUUCAAGAUAUGCACCAAAAGAUGCCGACUUGAAUCAAUAUAGAGGAGAUCCAUACAAUAUUUCAAAAGAACGUUUGAAGGAAAUACGUGAUGAAUUUAUGUAUUGGUAUUUUGAUAGAGGUGGAAAUGAUGGAAAUGGUGAUUAUCAAAUUAGUAUUCAAGCAUCAACGCCACAAGUUCAUAAGAAUUUUAAUUUUCAAUUACCAUUCUUUGGGUUCCGAUUUAAUUAUACAAGAAUAUCAAUGCAUGGGUAUUUAGAAUUCAGUGAUCCACCCGAAAACUACAAAUAUCCACUAGUAUUUCCUGUGAAAGAUUGGCCCAAAAAGAAUGAUCCAUCGUUUAUUGGUAUUUUCUUCAGUAAAUGCCGUAUUGGUGCAUUAAAUCCAGAGGAUAUUGAUCGACGUCGCCCUGGUGUUUACUAUCGAAUGGAACGUGAUUUACCACAACGAAUUGAUCGUUUUGGUGUGGAAGUACGAGAACGUUUAAUGUGGGAUAUUCGAAAGGGUGUUGUUGGUUCUGAAACAUUUGUACCAAAGCAUGCUGUCAUAGUUACAUGGAAAAAUAUGUCUUUUGCCGGUGGUAUUGAUAAUUCCCUACAUAAGACAAAUACAUUCCAAUUAGUAUUGGCAACAGAUGAGGUGUUUACUUAUGCUAUUUUCAACUACUUAAACUUACAAUGGAGUUCACAUACAGAAGCUGGUGGAGACACUACGGGAGGGGAAGGAGGAACACCAGCAUUUAUUGGUUUUAAUGCUGGAAAUGGUACACAAAGCUAUGAAUACAAGCCAUACUCUCAGAAUUCCGUGCUCCGGGAUUUAACUGGUCGCGGUAAAGGGAAUGGUUUCAAUGGGCGUCAUAUUUUCCGUAUUGAUGAAAAAAUAAUGCUUGGAACUUGUAACAAAGAUCAAAGUGGAGCAAAUUUACCACUAGUAUUUGCGCCUGAAAAUGGAAAUAUGCUUGGUGGAACAAUCGUAAAUAUAACUGGACCAUGUUUUGAUAAACAAACCGAUACAGUUACAUGUAGAUUUGAUACAGAAGAUGUAAAAGGCACUAUCAUCGACGAUAAUCGUGCGGUUUGUAUUCAACCAUUGUUGUAUGCUGAAGGAUACGUGCGAUUUGAAAUUUCUGUGAAUAAUGGAAAGUAUAAUUGGAAAGGAAAAUAUUUUGUGGAAACACCAGCUACAGCGACAGAAAGAAUAUCAUUUGAUACAAAAGAUAUUCACGAAAAAUAUCCAGCAGCUAUACGAAUGACUUGGAGUAAAGAUAAUUUAACAACAAAUGCAGCUGCUACUAUUCGAAUUUCAAUUUGGGGUUAUCGAGAAACCACAAUUAAACCUCAACUAGAAUAUAUUGAUCUGAUAGAGGAGGGUGUUCAAAACCAAGGGUACUAUACCAUAUUACCAGGAAAUUUCAAAAGACGCAACAAUUAUAAUACUAAUGAUUUUGAAUUUGGAUUUAUACAAAUCAAUUUAACAGUGCCCGAGCAACAAACUGGAUACAACUUUGGACCUGUAUUAUGGAGUAAACCGGUACCGUUAGCAUGGUAUUUUGCACCGCAAUGGGAACAAAAAUAUGGUAAACGAUGGGCAGAACAAUUAUGUAACCGAUGGUUAAUACAUGAUAGAUAUUUGAAAAAUUUUGCUCACGAUUUACACCAAUGCCCUUGCAAGUUAGAACAUGCAUUGAACGAUAAAGGGCGAUUUUUACCAGAUUUUGAUUGUGACAAAGAUUCAAACCCUUCAUGUUAUUAUAAUAGGGGCGCUAUUCAUUGCGUGCGUUCAGGUGCCCCAAGCAUGGACGGUUCUGAGCAACAGUGCUGUUACGAUAAACAUCAUUACUUAAUGUUAUCUUACGAUCAACAAUGGGGUUCCCGACCAUUCCGCUCUCAUAAUUUAGGAUACAUACCAUGGAAUGAGGCAAACAAAGUACCAACUUUAUCGCAAUGGUUCCAUGACAUGACACCUUUUUAUUCGUGCUGCUUGUGGCAAGAAGAGCAAGCGGUUGGUUGUGAAACAUACCGUUUUGAGCGUCGUCCAUCUCAAGAUUGUGUCGGUUACCAACCUCCUGGAGUAGCAACCGUUUUUGGCGACCCGCACAUUAUUACUUUUGAUAAUUUACAAUAUACUUUCAAUGGAAAAGGAGAAUUUGUUCUAUUACGCACAAACACACCAAGAAUAAAGCUCGAUGUACAGGGUAGAUUUGAACAAGUUGGUGAUAAUGCAUUGGGAUCAGUUCGAGCAACGCAAUUAACAGCUGUGGCAGCGCGUGGUAAUAAUUCUGAUACGAUUGAAGUUCGGUUACGACCAAAAUAUGCCCAAUGGAGAUAUCGAUUGGAUGUCCUUGCAAAUGGAAAGAAAGUAUACUUUGAUCGACCAUCGUUAAAAAUACAACAUUUUAGAGGUGUUACCGUAUAUACUCCUACUUAUAUUCUAAACCAAUCUGAAGUUAUUAUGAUGUUUGAAUCUGGUGCUGGAGUCGAAGUUGUUGAAAAUCAAGGUUUUGUGUCAGCCAGGGUAUAUUUGCCGUGGAAAUUUAUCAAUACCACACGAGGAUUAUUUGGCAACUGGAGCUUUGAUGCUAAUGACGAUUUUGUAAAUCCAGAUGGUUCACUAUCAGCUAUUGGUAAUCUUGAUACGUUUGAACGAACUCAUAGAGAUUUUGCUAUAAACUGGUUACUUGAAGAUAGAGAAGAUAAAGACAUAGGAGGGUCACUAUUUUCUCGAGAUUUUGGUAAAACAGCGAGCACGUAUGCAAAUAAAACAUUUGAACCGAUUUGGGCAUCGGCACCUGAACAAAUUAUACCGCCAAAUCGAACGUACGAUAUAAAUCGUGCAUAUGAACUAUGUAGCGAUGUAUAUCAAUGUCGGUAUGAUUAUGCGGUGUCAUUGGAUCGUGAUAUGGCCCACUUUACGAAAAAUUACUAUAAUACUUAUACUGAAAUGAGAAAACUGUAUAAUGAACAUGUGGUAUCUUGUGGUAUUCUGGAAACACCACGAUUUGGUCGAAAGAGUAACUUUUUAUUUAUACCUGGUACAAAAGUUUCUUUUGAAUGUAAUCAAGAUUUUGUAUUGGUUGGUGACAUUCGACGUACCUGUUUACCAGAUGGAACUUGGGAUAUUCCAGAAUAUGGCUUUACGGAGUGUUUACGACAUACUGAAUACGAUUUAAUACAAUUAGGAAAAUCAGCCUUCCUAAUUUUACUAGUCAUGGCACCAUUAAUAUUUAUUUUGGCAUUAAUUUCUUACUGUAUACUAAAAGCAAGACGUGAGGGUAAACAAGAUUCCUGGCAAUUUAAUGCUUUAACGAGUAGACCAGCAAGUCGUGCUGCAAGUCGAUUACGCUUAAAUGAAAUUGAUUCUGGAUCAAGUAGUCCAUUAAAGUCCGAUCUUGAUAGUGGUUUGAGUUAUCCUAGCGGAUCAAGUAAUGAAUUGACUGGGAAAAAACCAAGAAGUUAUGAUCGAGUAUAUCGUACGAAUGAACCAUUACCUGGUAAACCGGACUACGAAUUUGAGGAGAAACCAUGGGAUUUACCAUCUCCCUCAUCUUCAACAGGAAGCAACACACGUCAGCCAAUAUCACCCACUAUGGUCCAAAGCAUUCGAGAUGAAACAAGUAAAUUUAGAUUUGAUAGUGAUUCAGAUUAUGCAACCGUUGAUGAUAUGCAAACACAUAGCACCGAUAAUUUAAGACGAGGAAUAGAUUAUGGAUCUGAUGACUAUGCAAGAGUUGAAAGAAAUCCUCAUACUUCCGCAGACGAUUUGUUGAAAAUAAAAACAAAGCAAAGUGUUCGCGAUAAAUCACCACUGCCAAGUCCUACAUCACCAGUUAGCAUUGCCAGUUUCCCUGAUCGGCCAUUAUCCUCUUAUAGCAGUCGUGUUACGUCGGUUUAAAGUAACCAUUGUUGGCCGUAGAACAAGAGCUGACCGUAGUAAACUCUCCCUGAUAAUACCAUUAGUUUAACAAUUUUUGAAAUUAAUAGAUUUUAAUUUUCUUAAAACGGCACAAGGUUUUACAAAUUUUAAAAAUGAGCCAAACUUCUGACAAACAUCCACUACCGUCGAAAACAGUUUAACGAUUCUCCGUAUAGUAUCGAGUUCUAAAUAUUAAUUUCAUUAAGUAGAACAUUUUCCACUUCAAAAAGAUAAUGAUAAAAAUUCUGGAGUAGACAAAAAGUGUUGGUGCCAAACUGAUGCUUUUUCUGGCUUUCAUAAAUAUCUUGAAAGCUAUAAGGUUUAUGGGAAAAUUAAAGAAUAUUUCACUUAAAAAAAAUUUUCUUAAAUUCUCACAGAAAAAAGUACAUUAUAGUACUUUAGCCCAACUUUAUGUUGUAGAAAACUUUGUGCCUCGUAAGUCGUGUAAAAACUACAAAAUGUAAAAAUUAAAUUUUAGUGCUAUGAGGGAGAGUUUGCCAUGAUCGCUUCACCUAUCAUGUUUUUCUUUUU